UCGAACCGACACUUCCCCUGUCCGUCUCCCUCGACGUCACCACGCCGAACUCGGAGGUCGAAUUGGGGUGGCCGACUAACAAGAUAGUAUUUUAAUACUUUUUAACAAAGACAAACACCGGUUUUAUCCGUGUUUACAUUGCUACUAUCCGCCAGUCGCGUGGUUGCUACUCAACCGUCUUCCAAGCUCUUUCUUCUUCACUUUUUCCGUUUUUAGACACACAUUUCCCUAACAAGUCUAAUCAUGUGUGAGUCGACGUGUUGUGUCUGACAGCUGUACACAGACACAACGACCUUCAUUGCAGUGCUGUCAUUUUGAUGGAUUAGCACCACGCUUUGGAGUGACUCUGCAAUCUACUUCUUCAUUGCCAAAGCGCAAAAUGGAUGCCAUCGACACCUUACAGAGCUCAGCCCCAGAAACCAAAGCCGAACGGAUUGCCCGCUACAAAGCCGAGAGGAGGAGGGAGCUGGCUGAGCGCUACGGCGCCCCCGACGAAUUCACCUCCAAGUAUGUCCGCAAUCGGGACAGGAAAAUAGCAGAUUCAUCCGAAAAGGAAAAGUGCGAGGAUAAUGGGUCGGAGCAAACGUACACUAGGAGAGGCCUGAAGAGUAAAACGGAGAUGCACACUGAUGUCGAUUAUGGGAUGGAGACAAGAAGUCACUUUAAACUGGAAACGGAAGCUCCGCCUCCUGCCAAGACAUCGUCCAAUAUCAGGUGUCUGCCAGCUGAUGACAACCACCAGUCCAAGGUUGACCAGAAGACUUGGGACAAACAACGUUACACUGACAAGAUGUCUUCUAAGGAUCAGGAGGAUGGAAACGACGAUCACGGAGCGAACGGCAAAUUAGGACGUCGGACAGUCGACAGUGACGAAGCAGUAAUUCCGAAAAGAAAAGCAAUGGAAGAGAAAGAAAUCACAGAAGAAGCCUCAGCAAAGGAGGAACGAGAGGAAACGCGGGCGCCCUCACUGCAGCGCCAGGAUUCCGGACAGAGAAGUAUUAAGGGAAUCCUGAAGAAGAGCCGUUCCACCAGCGUCGAGUCCGACCAUAGCGAGGAGUGCGCGUUGCUCCGGCAGAGCAGCGUCACCCUCAGUCACACUGAAAGCGAAGACGCCAAGGACGGUGACGAGGCGGACUUGGAGGAGGAGGACGACGAGCCGUUUUUCGACGAGGUGCCGGACGGAGGCGAUUUGGGAAUACGGCGGCACAGCGAGCACAGCAGCGGCAGCGGAAGUUUGGACGAAAGUCUGGAAAUGACUUCCACCGUGUCGGGAGACACAGAGGAGAUGGACAGCUUGGACGGAAGCCAUUCCUCCAUGAAACAAAGACUAGCAGAGUUCACUAGCGGCGACAGCGAGAAGAGAGAAUGGACGAAGAAGCCGAAACCGGCGGACGUGAUUCAGACGUCGCUCGCCGAUCGCUUCAGUCAGCUUCACGACGCGGAGAAUGCCUGGAAGAAAAAGAAGUCUAAUGUAGAUGCCUCGCCCAAGAUGUCCCUGGCUGACAGGAUGAAGAUCCUCAAGGACAAAGAGGAGCAGUGGAAGGGAAAAGGCAAAGGAGCGGCCAACGAUUCCGUCCAGUUCACAGUCGCCGGACGCAUGGCCAAGAAAGGUCUAGUGUCAGAUGCAGGGAAGGGAGAGUCCCGUCUUACGCCCAGGAAGAAGUUGGACGCCACCCCGGUAAAGCCUCUGGAAGAAAUCUCUAGUAGAACCGACGUCAAGGUGGAAGGCGAUAAAAGACUUGACAAACUUGAAUCGUUUCUCGACAAACUUCACAGCAAAGGGGUGAGCACAACCAAGACGUCAACCAUCGAAGUGACUGCAGAGGCUGAGAAAGAAGUGAUGACCUUGGACGACGACGAAACCUUCGGGAACUUCUACAAGUCCGUCUCGCCCUCGGUGUUCCAGGACGUGGUGGUGACGGAGGAGGACCUGAGCAAGAUCCUGGCCAACACACCCAAACUGACCUCGGCUGUGGCCAAGCAUAAGCUUGCGGUGCGACCAAACAGGAGGAACCAGGGUUCCAGGAACCCUCUGAGAGCGCUGGCCGCCCGCAACGACAUCCGGCAGGCGUACACCGAACAGAGGCUUAACAUAGCCAAAGUGGAGACCAAGAGAAUCCAAGUGGAGCGCAUGGCCAAACACUCCAACCUGGCUGACGUGGCGUUAGCCGGCCUUGCCAGCAAGGAGAACUUCCGCAAGGUCAACUUGCGCAGUGUCAAAUCCACCGAGGUGGUGACCAACAACAGCGCGCUGCCCUUCAAAAAGCUAAUGCUCAUACGCGUCAAAGGCCGGAGGCACGUUCAGGUGCGGCUGGUGGAGCCCACUUCCAAAUCCCUGAACAGCGGGGACUGCUUCCUGCUCAUCACCCCGAAGCAUUGUUUCAUGUGGAGCGGCGAGUUCGCUAACGUCAUUGAGAAAGCUAAGGCGUCGGAGAUGGCGACCUUCGUCCAGGCUAAGCGGGACCUCGGAUGCAAAGCUUGCCAAGUGACUGUGCUGGAGGAGGGCAUCAACACCGACAGCAAGUGGGCGAAAGAGUUCUGGACUCUGCUCGGAGGAAAAAGCCAAUACGAAGGGGCGGGCGAGCCAGAGGAGGACGAGCUGUACGAGAGCGGCGUGUUGGACUCCAUUGGAGUCUACAGACUCCAGGGAGACAAACUGGUCCCCCACGAAGACGCAUGGGCGUCCAUCCCAAGUGUCAGUUUGCUCAGUUCUCAAGAGGUAUUGGUGUUUGAUUUUGGCGGCGAGGUGUACGUGUGGACCGGCAAGGAUGUCCCUUUGGGGGACAGAAAAGUGGCGGUCAAACUGGGCAAACAGCUUUACAGUGGCAGCUACGACUACAGCAACUGCAGGGUGAACCCUCUGGAUCCCUCCUGCACAAGUAGCGACGUUCCGCAGCAAGGCGAAAGCCGCCCAAGCUGGACUCUGUUCGGACGCCUGUCGGAACACAACGAGACGUCGCUGUUCAGAGAGAAGUUCCUUGACUGGGCCGAGAGGCGGAAGGAGGAAACGGCUGCCACGGAGGAAGUCAAGGUGACUGAGAAUGUGCUUCAACUUGUACAAAUGGAGAAAAAUAACUUGAAAUUGUUUUCACAGAGUCCGGUCCGCUCCACUGCCGGCCCGUCACCCGACCUGGAACUGCAGCCGUGCGACGCCAACACAUUGCUGGACAACGAGCCACCGCCGGUCCAGACCGUCUUAGAGGGCGUUGAUGUCCAGCGAGGUCACGGCGUGGUGAGGACAGAGGACUGCAGGCAGGCAGAGUUGUCCACGCUGGCCGUGGACGCCUGGCAUAUUAAGGAGUACGGCGAGGAAGAGCUCCCUCGCGAGAGCCUGGGACAGCUCCACGAAGGAGACGCUUACAUCAUCCGGUGGAAGUACUCAAUCACCACACUCGUUGGAAAACGCCAAAAACCAGGAGAGCUAAGUGCCGGCGUCGCGGGACGGGAAAGGACUGCUUGCUUCUUCUGGCAGGGCCUUCACUCCAGCGUCAGCGAGAAGGGAACGUCGGCGCUCAAGACGGUGGAGCUGGGCAGCUUCAGGGGCUCACAAGUUUUGGUGAGUCAAGGGAAGGAACCUCCGUGUUUUCUACAACUUUUCCAAGGUGCUUUGAUCAUCCACAAGGGGAGUAGAGAUGAUUCCCUCAAAAAUUCAGAGGGUUGGAAGUUGUUCUGCGUUCGUGGUGAAUUGGAAGCGGAGGCCACGCUGCUGGAGGUGGAGUGUCAAGGCGCUAGCUUGCGCUCGCGGGGCGUCGUGGUGCUGCUACACGCCGGGGAGCGCCGUCUCUACGUGUGGAACGGCUGCAAAGCGCACCUCGGCGCCAGGCGGGUGGCCGAGAGGGCCGUGGAGCGACUCGUACGGGGGUGUCCCGCUGAAUUGGGUCUCGGCGCCGGCGAUGACGUGAAAGUGGAGGAGGUGGCUGAAGGAAGCGAGCCAGAGGAAUUCAAGAAGGUUCUGGGCUUGCGGGACAGGAAGUCGUAUGACUGCAUGCUUCAAGACCCCGGCAAGUACAAUUUCACGCCCCGGCUCUUCCGACUGAGUGCCAGUUCAGGCGUGUUCGAAGGAGAGGAGCAUUUGUACCCCGCCAGGGUGACAGAGGGCGUCAUGGCCAUGCCAUUCCUUCAGGACAACCUCUACUCGGCACAACAGCCCGCGCUGUUCCUGCUGGACAACCGCAUGGAGGUAUACCUGUGGCAGGGCUGGUGGCCGCAGGACGAGCAGUGCACGGGCUCGGCCAAGAUGCGCUGGGACAACGAGAGGAAGUGCGCCAUGGAAACAGCGCUGCAGUACUGUAAAGAAAAGAACUCUCGGCGCCCUCCUCAGGCUUAUUUAAUCACAGCAGGCUGUGAGCCGCUCACCUUUACUAACAUCUUCCCUUACUGGAAAAAAGACCCCAGCCUUGCCGCUAAGGGCUCCAAGAACAAAGUGACCUUAGUGAAGGAGGUUCUGUCCGAGCUCAGCAAGUUGCAGUACUCCAUCCAGGAGUUGACCGGCUCGCCCCUACCCGACGGUGUGGAUCCUCUCCGCCUGGAGGAUUAUCUUUCUGACGCCGACUUCAAGAAACUUCUGGAAAUGAGUCGGGUGGAGUUCAACGCGCUGCCCAACUGGAAACAGAAGAACCUGAAGAAAAAUAAGGGGCUUUUUUAGAAAACAAAAGGACUCGAAAAGGUUUUUUUAUUCCCAAAAAAAAAAAAAAUCACCUCAUUUUGUAAAACAAAUGUACAAUUUUGUAUCAUAGUCCUUUAGCCAAUUGUAACUGUGCAAUUUGUAAUGAACUUUUUAGUGUUUUUUUUAUAUCGGAAUGUAUUUCAGGCCACUUUUUCAGCGCGCCGCACGACCCGCACACUAAUUUUGAAAUGUUUUAGUAGUUCCAAAAAUUCACACAAUGCAAGCCCUUUUUUAUUUUUGACCCUAACAACAUUCACACUUCCCACAAAACACCAAUUUUUUUAUUUAUUUUUUACCAAAAAGCCCCAUUUAUGUCCAAUUUUGAAUGUUAUACAAGCUAUUUUUAUCAGAUUCACACAAUUCAGACAUUAAAAAUUCACAAAAUCAAGGCACACAAAUGUUAUCAGCCAGCUUUCAUACUUAUUACUGUCAAAAUUUCCCAAUUCAUUUCCAACGCCAUUUUCAACUCCAACAAAAAACAUUUCCAUUCACACCUAUUGAUAUUCAACUCAGACCUGCAAAAAAAUGUCCAUUGAUGGUCAUUAUUUAUGACCAAAAAAACUGAAAUUGCCCCAAAAUCAACAGGAAUUGACCAAUAAACAGGACAUGACCUAGAAAUGCUGUAAAAUCAACAGAAAAUAAUCCAAAAUGUACAAGACCUGACCUCGUAAUAACCCAAAAUCAACAGGAAGUGACCUGUACGUAUACCGAAACCAAUAGGAAGCGACCGGCAAAGGCCCCAGAAUAAACAGGAAGUGGCCAACCAACAGGAAGUGACCAAUAAACAAGACGUGACCUAGAAAUGCUAUCAAAUCAACAGAAAAUGAUCCAAACUGCACAAAAAGUGACCCUGAAAUGAAAUGACCCAAAAAUCAACAUGAAGUUACCUGUAAUCAAAGUGACCAAUAAACAGCACGUGACCCCAUAGUGAUCCUAAAUAUAAAACAGUGAACCCGAAAUGACCUAAAAUCAACAGGAAGUGACGCAUAAACAGGACAUUAACUGGAAAUCCUGUAAAAUCAACAGAAAUUGAUCCAAAAUGUAUAAAAAGUGACCCCGAAAUGACCUAAAAUCAACAGGAAAUGACCAGUAAUCAGGACAUGACCUGAAAAUGCUGUAAAGUAAACAAAAAAUGAUCCAAGAUGUAUCAAAAGUGACCCCAAAAUGACUUCAAAUUAACAGGAAAUGACCAGUGAACAGGAAAUGAUCUGGAAAUGCCGUAAAAAUAAAAGAAAAGGAUCCAAAAUGUCCAAGAAGUGAUUCCGAAAGGCCUCAAAAUCAACAGAAGUACCUGUAAUCAAUAGGAAGUGACCUAUUAGCAGGACGUAACCUGGAAAUGCCAUCAAAUCAACAGAAAAUGAUCCAAAAUGUACAAGAAGUGACCCUGAAAUGACCCAAAAUCAGCAUGAAGUUACCUGUAAUCAACAGCAAAGUGACUAAUAAACAGCAUGUGACCCCAAAAUGAUCCAAAAUAUAAAAAAGUGACCCCGAAAUUACCUAAAAUCAACAGGAAGUCACGUAUAAACAGGACAUUACCUGGAAAUGCAGUAAAAUCAACAGGAAAUGAUCUGGAAAUGCCGUAAAAUUAACAGAAAAGGAUCCAAAAUGUCCAAGAAGUGACUCCGAAAGGACUCAAAAUCAACAGAAGUACCUGUAAUCAAUAGGAAGUGACUUAUUAGCAGGACGUAACCUGGAAAUGCCGUAAAAUCGACAGAAAAUGAUCCAAAGUGUACAAGAAGUGACCCUGAAAUGAUCCAAAAUCAACAUGAAGUUACCUGUAAUCAGAAGGAAAGUGACUAAUAAACGGCACGUGACCCCAAAAUGAUCCAAAAUAUAAAAAAGUGACCCCGAAAUGUCCUAAAUUCAACAAGAAGUGACGUAUAAACAUAAUGUGACCUGAAAAUGCCAUAAAAUCAUCAGAAAAUGAUCCAAAAUGUAUAAAAAGUGACCCCGAAAUGACUUAAAAU